GCUGUCUUCUGAAGCGCUGUCAAAAUAACACUGGUAUUCAGCACAAUGCCUAGGAUUGAAACUGUUGCGCUCGCUGGCGCAUCUGGCACACUGGGACCCUACGUGUUCCAAGCUCUUGUCAAUGCAGGCUUCCAGGUCUCGAUUCUCACUCGUUCUCAACAGCCUGGAGCAUACGCCUCGAACAUCAACGUCUUCGAAGUUGACUUCAAUUCAGUGAAGUCGUUGACCGCUGCCCUUAACGGUGUGGACGCUGUCGUAUCAACUGUGGGUGGUGCAGCAAUCGACAAUCAGACUGUGCUUAUCGACGCCGCCAUUGCCGCGGGAGUGAAGCGUUUUAUUCCUUCUGAAUUUGGCAACGUUACCACCAAUCCGAACCUUGAAACUUUUCCAAUCUAUAGUUCCAUGUUCGGUAUUCGGAAUUAUCUCCAGGCAAAGGCAGCAACUGGAGAACUGACAUGGACAGUCCUUGCAUGUGGCGCCUUCUUGGACUUGGUUUUGGACACUCCAACUUUGCUGGAUUUUCAGAACCACACGGUGACUAUACUCGACGAAGGCGACAAUCGGAUCAGUGCUACAUCCUUACCUGUGGUGGGAAGAGCUAUCGUUGCAAUCUUGCAGAACUUUGAUGCCACGGAGAACAGAGUCAUUCGUGCAUCAGAGACAAUUUUGACUCAAAACCAGCUGAUUGGGUUUGCAAAGGAACUUCGACCAGAUAUCAAGUGGAGGACUAGCAAGCAACGUACAAGCGUGCUUUUGCAGGAGAGUCUAGAACAGUUCGGUGCCGGUGACUUCAGUGUGCCGACCUUCAUGAAACUGAUGAAAGGUACCGCUCUCGCUGGUGAUACUUAUGGUGGCGCAUAUAAUGUGACGGAUAAUGAGCUGCUUGGCAUCAAAGAAUUGGCACCAGCAGACCUGAAGAAGCUUAUGGCCAAGAAGCUGACCUAGAGGAGAGUGGUAUUGUAGGGUUGGCGAAGGACUUUGCAGCAAGAGCUUAGACUCAACUUGUGAUUUUAAACCCUGACUGCCAUUGUGGACAGUUGUUCAAUAUAGGCGUACCACUCUUGUCCUAUGUCGGUCAAGUGGCCUGCAACUUAAUCGCCGGCCAACAAGAAAGCCUCUAGACCCUGAUCUUGCUUAC